AUGUGCAAAUCAAAUGAAGGAAAGCUGGUCGUGCGCAACACAACGCAGCUACGUGAAACAAUUGCAAGAUUCUGUGUUAAUGGAGGGCUUGUCAGUUUCCGUCAAGCGGAAUCUCAAUCGUUCCAAGAGUUUGUUCAGGAAAUUAUGGUGAUUUCGUAAGCAUUCGAAGCAAAAUAAUGGCCAUAUGAAGACAUAUUUACAGAAAUUAUUCCUCCGCGCAUGAGCCACCUUCGUUCCCGUCACGAUCGUGUCUCCGAGAAUCGGUGGAAAGACACUGAAAAGACAUCGUUUGUGCAAUUGCUGACGAGGUUUUGCAUGCAGUAAUCAAUACUGAGAUGUAAAUUUGUAAUGUACAGAUUCGCCCGUACGUCCGGAACAAAACGGCUACUCUGGUCAUCGACUUCGGAUGCCAUGUGCAUAACUACAUGUGCGCAUUCAUCUCGUUCGUCUGCUCAGCGAACGGGACACCUUCUCUUCGUAUCGUCCCCUACGCUUUCAGUCUUAUGUAUGAAGUGAAAACGGCGGAAAACGUCAAAGCGCUGUUGGUUAGGUGCGGAGACAAAUUGGGUCUCUCGGAGCCGGACGUGUUAUCUCUGAAUGUGGUCUCCGACGGCGCGAAGAAUCUCAAAGCCAUGGGAUCUCGACAUUUCUGCUCUUGGACGCUUUGUGCGUGCCACGCUCUACAAAAAAUGACCUAUUGAAAACGCCUUUCAAUUUGAUGUUGCUGCAGCAAAAGAUGCGUUUGCCAAAGCUUCCCAGAAACUAUGUCGAGACACGCUGGUUGUCUCUCCUUCGAUGCACCGACAUUCUUGAUUUGUCUCCAUCGAUUGCGCAAUGCUCAAUGAAAGAAGUGACGAAACUCUUAGCGGAGAUUGAAGAGGAGCGGUCCACAAUAACAGCGUCAUUGGCAGUUCUCCAAAAAUUCGAAGCGCUUUUACUCUUUUUCGAGGUUAAAUGCACCGAACUACUAUUCAACAUCAUCUCACGUAUUACAGAAAUCAGACGUCACCAUACAAUACUAUUUACCUCUUCUCACGGACAUGAAAGCUAGAAGAAGACGACUAUGCUGUAAAACCAGCUAAAAUGACAAAAGCAUUAAUGGUUUUCAUUACAGCUUGUUGCUUGCCUAAACCGCAGUGCCCGGAUCGUAACGGACGAGUAUCUCAGCCUUGACAUUUCUGAACUGGACCUCAAAGCUUGUCUUCUCACACCUGGACUUAAAAGGAUGAGUAGGCUCCAGGAUGAGCAUCGUCAAAAAGUUGGAUAUUUAUUGACUCAGGUCUCAUUUCAUCGUAUUUCAGGCGAUCGAUUGUGUCAAGGAGCAAUUGGCCGCGAUGAAAUUGGACGGUUUCGACCACGCCACUCAAGUUCCGGAGAACCGAAACAGCUCUCGAAAGUAACACUACGAUAACGUGCGGCACAUACUGUUGAAAAAAAAAGGUUCGACAUUGGAAUCGAAGCUGGCAGCGUGCCAAGGCCCUGCCUCCCAAACGCAUAUGCUGCGCACGAUUGUUGCAACAUUGCCGCACGCUUUAUUGUUCUUCGUCUUUGUCUUUAUUUUUCGGCUAAAAAUCAGCAGAAACUUCGGUGUUCAUCCGGUUUUUCUCAUUUUUUAACCGUAUAUAUCGCUGUUAAUCGUUUUUUGCAAUUAAAUGUCAACUUUGAACACCGAUUUAUCGACUUUCCGCUUAAAUAAUCGAAGAUUGCUCAAUUUCUAUUUUUCUCCUUUCGAUUUCAACGAAUUUUGAUGAUUUUCAGGGUUUCCAUCGUCGGAGCAGCCGAACGAGCAACACAAUAACAUAGAUUUCUUAUUUUCGUGUGAGUUUUUUGACGAAACAAUCGCUUUUUUUCACCGAGCAACAUUUGCAGGUUCUCCGUCACUCCGCCGCCGUCAACGCAAAGCGGAAAGUAUCGCGUCGCUCGAAGAAGUCAUCAAAAGAUCUGGAAUGUUGUCGUGUUAGUCUGAACAUGCACUAAAUCUGUUUCUCUCCGCCUCUGUUUUCAGAAUCCGUGCAACGAGCGCUUCAAGCGGAAGAAAAGGAAAACAAUAA